AUGCCUAUCCCCUACGACUCAAGUCUCACUCUCAUGAGCGUCGUGAACCAAGACGCCCUCAAAAGCGUCGAAGCAAUCGCCGAACUCCAAGCCCACGUCGACGCCGCCCAAGACGCUCUCAACUCCCUCAUCUCCUCAAAGCGCAGUCUCACCAUGACAAAAACCGAACUCAAACACCUCGGCGCCGGCACCGACGCUCUCGACGAAGAGCUCAAGAAGCUCAACGUCGCAGUCGAAGCUGCAGCCGGUGCUUACGCCACUGCUAAAAUGGCAGCUGAGCCUCAAAUUACCGGUAUAAGAACAUCCACUCUCGCUCAGAUUGCGUCGUAUGUUUCUGGGGCUGUUAGUAGUGUUUUUGGGGCGAAGCAGUUAAUAAAGAUUGGAAAUACGGCUUCUCGACAGGUCAGUCGCCAGGUCAUCUCGUAUAGUAUUGAGGGCACUCUCGUUCUGUCUACUAUAAAUGUCGGCGCUUGGUUUGCCAAAGCAGAAGGCAAAGUCGGCGUUGACUCUAAGUUUGCCAGUAACAUGAAGAAUCUCCUGAGUCAGCAGAACAUCCAGUCUUAUGUUAUAGUCCUUACUAUGGGUGUUAUCUUAUUAAUGGUAGCCAACGAAGUCGCAACAGCCUCUAUGGCCGAGGCUUCGCGAACCACUGGCCAAGCAUCUGAGAUGCGGGGCAAGGAUAUUGAGUCUUCCUUGAGUGCUCUGACGACGAUUGACGGCGAAGAAAAUAAGAUCCUUGAUGUUAACUCUAUGAUGACAGCUCUGGAUGAUUACUUGAAGAAGGCUGCGGAUGGGAAGGCGGAUAUCUUCAGUACAAGCCAAAACAUCGAAAACCUGAUCUUUGGGACAUCUGAGACCAAUUCUCUCAUGACUAGGUCGGCAAUAGGAGACUCCUGCUAG